GAAUAUCAUAAACUUAGAAAGGAUGUAGAACCUUCCAUAACAUUCUGGACUCGUAUAAAAACUAUGUUGUCGAACCUCCUGGAACCUUCCUUUCUCUCCAACGGUCCCUCUAGAACAUUCAUUUUCUGUCCACUAUCCCCCUUCCCUCCCACACAACUAUAAAUCUCGACAACCGCCCCCCUUGUCUUGCAGAGCAACACAAUCAACUAGCUGUCUGAAGUUCAUCUCUUCGUGAACAAUCCAACAUCCCUUAAUUAACAAAGAUUCGUCCGAGCAAGAAGAAGAGGAAAAUGGAUUUCAGAGUCAUGGGCCUUGAUUCCCCACUCUUCUCGACCUUGCAGCAUAUGAUGGACCUGACCGACGAAACCGAUAAGUCCUUCAACGCCCCGACCCACUCAUACGUGCGCGACGUCAAGGCCAUGGCGGCCACUCCGGCCGACGUGAAGGAGUACCCCAACUCCUACGUCUUCAUCAUCGACAUGCCGGGGCUCAAGUCCGGGGAUAUCAAGGUCCAGGUGGAGGCCGACAAUGUGCUCGUGAUAAGCGGCGAGAGGAAGAGGGAGGAGGAGAAAGAGGGGCCCAAGUACGUGAGGAUGGAGAGGAGGGUCGGGAAGUUGAUGAGGAAAUUUGGGCUGCCUGAGAAUGCCAACACCGAUGCCAUCUCUGCGGUGUGCCAGGACGGCGUGCUCACUGUGACUGUGCAGAAGUUGCCUCCUCCGGAGCCCAAGAAGCCAAAGACAAUCGAGGUCAAGAUUGCUUGAAGAAUGGAUCGGAUCAAUUAAUUAACAUUUUCAUUGUUGCUUGUGUGUUCUGUUUUUUGUUAUCUGCAUAUGUUGUGCGUAUCAGCUCAUAAUAUCAGAGUUUUCAUUGUU